GCAGCAGAGAAGGAAGGCGCUUCAGCUGAUGCAGGGAAAUCUGCCGCCUCUGAUAAAGAGGGGAAUCAGGUGGCGCCUGCUCAUGAUCACUUUGACGUGGUGGCUGAGAGCUGGGAGGAUGGACCCUACAUGUUCAUCAUGCACAUCAAAGAAAUCAAAGACAAGAGCCGAACCUCCGAAGCCAAACCCACCGCACCCUGGAGUCUACAGCUGCAGAUCAGCAUGAAGGGUCCUCAUGACUACAUAUCAGCCUCUGAGUGGCCUAUGAUGAUGUUCUACAUGGUGAUGUGUAUUGUGUACGUGCUGCUGGCCGUGUUGUGGCUGGUGCUGUCUGCGUGCUACUGGAGGGAUCUGCUCAGAAUCCAGUUCUGGAUCGGGGGAGUCAUCUUCCUGGGCAUGUUGGAGAAAGCCGUUUACUAUGCUGAGUUCCAGAGCAUCAGAUACGACGGCCUGUCAGUCCAGGGGGCCGUGGUGUUCGCUGAGGUGCUCUCUGCGGUGAAGAGGACUCUGGCCCGGGUGCUGGUGAUCAUUGCCAGUCUGGGAUACGGCAUCGUCAAGCCCAGACUCGGCGCGCUGCUCCAUAGAGUGGUCGGAGUCGGUCUGCUCUACUUGAUCUUCUCCAUCGUCGAGGGCAUCCUACGAGUCAACGCUGCCGAAGAUGAUGUAGUUCUCCUGGCUGCUAUUCCUCUGGCUGUGCUCGACUCUACCCUCUGCUGGUGGAUCUUUGUGAGUCUGGCUCAGACAAUGAAGCUGCUGAGGCUGAGGAGGAACGUGGUGAAGCUCUCUCUCUACAGACACUUCACCAACACGCUCAUCUUCGCCGUCAUAGCAUCUGUCAUCUUCAUCAUUUGGACCUACAAGACCUUCAAGAUGUCUAAAUGUCUGUCUGACUGGAGGGAGCUGUGGAUAGAUGACGCGUUCUGGCGCUUCUUGUUUUCGAUUAUCCUAUUGGUCAUUAUGUUCCUAUGGCGACCGUCAGCCAAUAACCAGAGGUAUGCCUUCAGUCCUCUGCUUGAUGAAGAGAGUGAGGAGGAGGAGAAGGAGCCCAUGAUGAAUGAGGCUUUCGAGGGGAUGAAAAUGAGGGGCAUGAAAAAUGAGGCCAAUGGGAAUGCCAAAGCCAACAAAGUGGAUGAGGAUCUGAAAUGGGUGGAAGAGAACAUCCCUACAUCGAUGGCAGAUGUCGCUCUGCCCCCGCUGCUGGACUCUGAUGAGGAAACCAUGACGACUAAGUUUGAGAUGUCCAAGAUGGAGUGACACAGAAGAGGAGACAGACGAAUGGAGGGAAGAUGGAGCAGUGUUUAAAACACACAAGUCUGGUAAACAGACGGAGAAAUGAUACAGAU